CAUCUGCCCGUCGAAAUAUCCUGAUGGCCUGGAGGUCUACUGUAAUAUGGAUGCUGCGGGCAAAGGUUGGAUCGUGUUUCAGAGGCGUUUUGAUGGAUCGGUGAAUUUCAAUCGCAACUGGACCGAGUACCGGGACGGAUUCGGCGAUCUGACAGGCGAGUUCUGGCUGGGAAACGAGAAACUUCGUCAGUUAACAUCGCAGAAAGAAUGGUUGCUACAGACUGAUCUGAAGUUCACCGGCACAAAUGGGCAUACAAAGCUUUUGUACCGAUGGCCAUUCCGUGUAGAGGGCGACAACUACAACCUGGUAAAGGGAUCAAUAGGCAAUUCCCCCUUGCCAACAAGCCAGCUACCAUGCCAGUUCUCGACGUACGAUAAAGACAACGAUGGUGACUACUAUCACAACUGUGCUGCGAGUUCGACAGGAGGUUGGUGGGUUAACCAGUGUCACUCUAAACUGGAUUUAUUGACCAAUCUGAACGGCGCGUAUGCGCUUCCUGAGGAAUCCUCCAACUUCGAUCACCGUGGUUUUACCUGGUCAUACAACGGCAGCGUCGAGACCACUGGACAAGUCUGGAGAAGUGAAAUGAGGCUGCGUCGCUUCCGCCCUUAUGGUAAGUCACUUUAG